GUGCGCAUGCGCAGUGCCGCUGUUGUUGACAGUGGCGGCAAGAUGGCGGCUCUCGGAGAUGCUUCAGGCCCGGCGCUGAACGGGUUAAUUCAGCAGUUCACUGCCAUUACUGGAGCCACGGAGAGCGUCGGGAGACACAUGCUGGAGGCAUGUAACAACAACCUGGAGAUGGCCGUCACCAUGUUCCUGGACGGCGGAGGAGUGCCGGAGGAGCCGAGCACCAGUUCCAGUUCCGGUUCGGCCGCGGCGUCUGGAAGCAGAUGCCAUUCAGAAGACGAAGUCCGAGCGCCGAUCCCUCAGAAACAGGAGAUCCUGGUGGAGCCGGAGCCUCUGUUUGGAGUGCCGAAGAGACGGAGACCGGCUCGGUCCAUCUUCGACGGAUUUCGAGAUUUCCAGACGGAAACCAUCAGACAGGAGCAGGAGCUGAGGAACGGAGGAGCGAUGGAUAAAAAACUGAGCACUCUGGCUGAUCUGUUCCGACCCCCGAUCGAGCUCAUGCACAAAGGCAGCUUCGAGACGGCGAAGAACUGCGGUCAGUUGGAGAACAAGUGGUUGAUGAUAAACAUCCAGAACGUUCAGGAUUUCUCCUGUCAGUGUUUAAACCGAGACGUGUGGAGUAACGAGGCGGUGAAAGCCAUCAUCAGAGAACACUUCAUCUUCUGGCAGGUUUACCAUGACAGCGAGGAGGGUCAGCGCUACAUUCAGUUCUACAAACUCAACAAAUUCCCUUACAUCUCCAUCCUGGACCCUCGAACAGGUCAGAAGAUGGUGGAGUGGAAUCAGCUGGACGUUUCCUCGUUUCUGGAGCAAGUGACGGGGUUUUUAAGGGAACACGGCCAGUUAGACGGACUUUCCAGUCAACCUCCAGCCAAACGUGCUCGCUCUGAGAGUUUGAUUGACGCGAGUGAGGACAGUCAGCUGGAGGCAGCUAUCAGAGCGUCUCUACAGGAAACGCACUACGACUCGAGGCAGGAGAAAGCAGAGUCGGAAAACGACUCGGACGCCGAGGCCUUCUCCGAUAGCGAGGGCAUGAUCUCUGUGGACGGAUCAGACGACGAGGAUGGAGGGAAAGACUCCAUAGACGGAAACACAUCGUCAGAACAGGCCCCACCCACUUCCUCAGAUAGUCCUACCCAGAACAGGAAGUCUCCGCACAAAGAGUCAAACCACAGAAAAGAAGAGAGCAAGAAAAACCACGUGGAGCCGCCGCCUCCUCGGCCGAGCCACAAACACGCAGAGUCACAACAUCGACGACAACAACAACAACAACGUCAUCACGACCAAAGUCACAAAAUCACAACAACCCAAAGCACACAGUCUGAAGAUAACGGUCCGAAGGCUCAUCUAAUGCUGAGAUACCCAGAUGGUCGGAGGGAACAGGUAGUGUUGUCCGCUAACGAUAAGCUCAUGGCUCUGGUGAGACACGUUCAGUCCAACGGAUAUCCGAACGAACGCUUCGAACUCGUCACUAACUUCCCACGGCGGAAGCUGGCUCAUUUGGACUAUGACAUCACGCUACAGGAGGCGGGGCUUUGCCCUCAGGAGACUGUAUUUGUGCAGGAGAGGAACUAACUAACCCCGCCCUCUCCCUUUUGUUCGUUUUCAUACUCGUCCCUCAUCCGUCGUCCUCCACGGAGCCGAAGAGGACCGCGUUCCCUCGAAACGGACCACACGUUCAUAUUUAUUUGUGAAUAUCUCCGCGCAUCCCUGCUCCUUCCGGGUCUUUUUCGGUUUUCCGAACAACGAUCACGGAAUAAUUUUGAGAUAAGAGUUCAGUCAGGUUCAGCCAGGGACUUCGGAUCAGUUAACGAGUGACUUUAAGAGAAAUCAAAUCAUUUAUUUCUGUGAGGAUUUAAACCCUGAACUGUUUCAGAUCUGUUUGUGACAUGCCCUUGUCUGCUUCCCCUUGGUCGAGUCCCCUUGGUCGAGUCCCCUUGGUCGAGUCCCCUUGUGGCCAUAUAAAGUGCUCAAGUGAAGUUCAGCAAAAAAGUAAACGUGAGCAAUAAACUACGCCACACAAUAUUCCACCAUAUCCUGUCUAAACAUGUUCUUACUCCGAAUCAUCGUCCACAUCGUCUACACGACGACGACGUGUGAAACAUGUCCUCUGCUGGCUAGUUAACUAGCAUGCUAGCUAAUGAGCAAACCAGCUGGUUUCCUUCUAUAGCUAGUUUGCGAGUUAAUCACUUUUUUUUGUACAUGGUUAAAAAAACAAUUAAACACAAAUCCGCACUAAAAUAACCGGGUGGUUUUUUGUCGGCGCGCUGAGGGGAAGUCGACGACGGCAUGCGUUCACGCAGCUCCCGUACCUCGGCGACGGACCGAGCUGGAUCGGAUCUUCAGACUUCCGAGGAAUGGUUAAAAACUUGGAAUGGUCAGCACGGAGCAGUGAUGGUGUGGGACGUUACAUUUAUAGUGAAAUUUCUGUCUCUUUUUUUAUAUGCUGCAUCAUUUCCACAAAAAAUGUUGAUUCUCAAAUAUAACCGAAAAAAAAGGAAGUGUGUGUGCUUGUUUGUGUGUUGUAUGGGUGAGUUAUUUUAACAAUGUGAGUGCGGGGUGUGUAAUCACGUGCAGGAGUGUGACUAAUUUUAUUAAUGUGUCCAUUUUAUUAAUGUGGAAUUACCGGAAUUAUGCACUUCCACAGCUGAAGUUCUCAGGAGCGAUGGAAAUAUCCGGGAACCGAGGGGGAGAAACGAUAAUGAACGAUGAUGAAGCGGUACUGUAACCACCUGGACGUUGAUUAUUUGCGUUUAUAUUCUUUAACAGCCACUCUGACGGUCGUGCAGGUUUAUAUUAAUAUUAAUGCACUCGUCUUAAUACGUCGUUAUCGUUGACCUGUAAGGAGACUUUUAUUUUAUUGACGUUUAUGGAAGGAGUCUCCAGUGUCGGAGGUAAAGCUGUAACUUUAGGUUUCGCGACCUCUUCAGGACGGAGGAGUUUACGCUUCUUUGCAGUCGUUCAGUAACGCGAUAAGAGAAUAAAGAGAGGGUGGAGAGGGAACGAGAACUGGAGAGAAAAAGGAAAAAGUGUGAGGUGUUGUGGUUUAAUAAAUAAAAUGUGGUAAUUGUGGGUUAAUUGCUGUGGGGUAAGAGGAGUAAAACGCUUCAGGAACAGCCUCAGGAUCACUCCAUCAUGUAUGUUUCCAUUCACCAAUCCCAAAGUAUCGUGUGAAUGUAGGAGAUCUGUGCGCUGGGGAAACGGUGUUGCAGCGUAAAGCACAAGUCCAGAUGAAUAAAAUUCUACCGAAUUCAUCGACUCGCACUCGCAAGAAGCUCAAAAUCCUGAGGCUUCGGUCUUCUGUAAACAGGAUGGUGUUCCUGUAUGUUCCUGUAAACCCGUUCUACUGAAACACCGGAAAUGAGAACCUCAGACCUCGGCUUUGGAGCGUGACAGAACUUCAAACUAGGAUUCCUGUCUAAGUCUCGACCUCCUUAACCUGUGGUGGGAAUCUGGGGGAAUCUGAGGAAGUCGGAUUUUUCGUCGAAAGUUUGUGUUUUUUUCGGCGAUCAGAACGCAGCACUCUCCGCAGAUAAAGAAAAGUGCCGGACUGUUCGGUUCCCUUCCUCACGUCUUCCUCGCACGCUCUUGUGCGUCUGUGUGAAGUAUCACAGAGCGGUGUGUGAAUCCUGACACGGUGUGUAAUUGUCGUUGUGGAGGUUUAAUAUGCAGUAACGUGGUGUUCUGCAGUCGCUCUGCAGUGUGGAUUAAAGCUCUGCUCACGGACGAGAGACAGCAAAGACAUUAACCUCAGGGAAU